CAUCUGUUUUGACAAGCAGAGAGAAAGAUACAUACACAGAACAUGAGCUUUGUCCCUGCAGAUCAACGCGAACAGCUUCUCAACUUCUGUUGUGCGGUUUGUCAUCGCUGUUUUCUGCCGAACUAGUCGCUCAGAGUUCACGAGACAUUCAGUGUUUUUUGUUAUUCUGCUGGUUUAUGAACGAGUGCUCGAGAAGGGGUUUUAUAGCUAUGAGACACUUCUGUUUGGUCGAAAUCAGACUCCAAACAGCCACGUAACGUUUCUCCUGUCUGGAGAUGAUGUUGGAGUCUGAUCGAGCUGUUUGGGGGGGUUGGUGAUGAUUAUCCAGAGGGGCUUGAUGUGUCUCAAGUGGCAUUACAUUUGAGCUGAUCAGUGGCACUGCUGCAAUGAGGCGACUGGCAUCGGACGUCUGAGAUAUAUAGCUGAGGGUUUGAUUGACUAGACUAGCAUACAGCAGCUUAUUUGAUCUAACCAUCUCAGAUCAGUUAUAUCCGAAUGGCUGUGCGCCAGAUCGAUAGCUAACCAAUGUCUAAGGGACGAGUUUUAAAGUCUCAACCAAGAUCCGAGGACGGAAGACGGAGCGCAGGCGUCCUGGAAGGCAUCGCCGUGUCUGUGAUCAACAUGAAACCCGACAGAGAAGCAGCUGAGGAGUUCUUUGAGUAUGAUGCUGAGGAGUUCCUCAUGUUCCUGACACUCCUGAUCACAGAGGGGCGGACUCCAGAAUGUUCCGUAAAGGGUCGGACCGAAGGGCUUCACUGCCCACCUGCCCAGUCAGCUAUGCCUGUCUUCACCAAACAUGAAUGCAGUGACAAAAUACCACAGUGUCGUCAAGCAAGGAGAACGAGGUCAAAGGUCAUGUUGCUAUGGCGCAAUCACAUCCCCAUCAUGAUUGAGGUGAUGCUGCUUCCUGACUGUUGCUAUAGCGACGAAGGCCCGACCACAGACGGAACGGACUUAAAUGACCCAGCAAUAAAGCAAGAUGCGCUCUUACUGGAGAGAUGGACUUUACAACCAGUGCCCAGACAGAGUGGAGAUCGCUUUAUUGAGGAGAAAACCCUGCUCUUGGCUGUACGUUCCUAUGUGUUUUUCUCACAGCUCAGUGCGUGGCUCAGUGCUUCUCAUGGACUUGUACCCAGAAACAUCCUUUACAGAAUAAGUGCAGCUGAUGAGGAACUGAUAUGGAACUUCUCGCAGACCCCCUAUGAACAUGCCUUCCCUGUCCCAAAUGUAUCGCACAGUGUCGCUCUCAAAGUGCGGGUGCAGUCUUUGCCUCGCCAGCCUAAAUACCCCGUACUCAAAUGUAGCAUCCAUUCAGGUCUAGCUUUCCUGGGUAAAAGAGGCCUGGAGCAUGGUGAGGGGAGCACCCAUGCUGGAGAGAACCACAGUUCCCUCCGUCUGCCAGGGUCUCCACUCUUCUCCAGGCCCCUACAUCCUUCUCCACCUCCUCACAGCCCACGUAAAUGCCCGCCCUGCCCAAAGUCCCCUCUCCCGCCAGGCAAAGCCGUCAAAUGGUUUUACUCUCGGCUGAAUGGAGGUGUGGACAUCCCCCCAACCGAGCCUUAUAGCUUGUGUACUAAUGGUGCAGAGAGACCUAAGACGUCAAGAAUGGAGUCGCCAGUUCGUGCUUUCAAAUCAAUGUCCCUUGCCGACUCUUUAGCAACCCCUAGCCUGAGUCCAAGCUCCAUCUCAGGUGAAACCAACCCCCUCAUUGGCUCCUUGCUCCAGGAGAGGCAGGAAGUCAUUGCUCGCAUUGCUCAACGGCUAAAUUUCUGCGACCCUACAGGUCCUCAUCUCCCUGAUGCCCUCUUCACUUCUCAUGAACCACCAGGACACAAAACACCCUGGAGCUCCUUGCAGGACAAGGAGCGCUUGAAGAAAUCCAAAGAAUCCCUUUUCCCUUUUCCUCAAACUAAUAAUGGAACUGGCCCUGAAAACCCAGAGAGGAGCCGGUCAUCUCUUUUUGACACCCCCUUGAGCCCUAGAAGCAGAAAGCAGCUAGACCAAGUGGACCACGAAGCAAAAACUUCCCCAAAGCUGUCAACCUGUCGGCGUCUUGUACUAAGUGACCAUUCUCCUGAAGGUUCUAUGAUUGCAGACGCAGUUCAGGAUAUCUCAAGAUUGAUUCAGGAGCGACUUCAACAGUCCUACAGUCUUCUGAACGGCACCUAUAAAUUCAAGUCCUAUCAAAAUAAACAAGUAGGCGAAAGCCAUGAUGCCCAUUCAAAUGGCUAUGUAUCUCCACCAAGCCAUGAGAAGUCCUCAAGCAUAACCAAUGGCGAGGCAAGCACAAAGCCUCGCAUUUCUCAAGCAACAAAAUGUUGUCAAUCUCCUGACUCUAAUCAUAGCCAGCAAGACUGUUCUAGUAGACCACUACAUGUGGCCAGCCUAAAACUUGAAGACCUCAGCAUAAAAAAAUCACAGCCUUUAAUGGCAAGUAAUCACAAACAGAACACCAAAAGAGAAUCCUGGACCUCCUUGAAAGACCACACAAGCUCUCCUCAGGAGAAUGGGCUGACACUAAUUGGAUACCUCCAGCCUUCCAAGACACAAGAGUCAAUCCAGGAGAAAGGAGCAGAGAAGCACAUCCAGGAUGGGUCCUCCAGUCUUGAGAAGGAUGAGAACCAGGAGCCCUGGGCAUCUCUUUCUAGAAAACCUGCCAACUUUACUCACUGCACCCCCAGUCCUUCUGUUGGUCCUACUCCAAGCAGUCAUAUGAGACGCCCCCCCUUUCCACUGAAGCCAUGCAGUAACUGGAAACAGAAUCGUCACUCCAUAGAAGGAACAGCAACGAAAGCCUUCCACCCCUGCACUGGCCUGCCUCUCCUAUCUAGCCCAGUUCCUCAAAGAAAAAGCCAGUCAGGAUAUUUUGAUUUAGACACUUCUGUGAUUCAUUGCAAAGGUGUACCAUGGGCUGCCAAUAAGAGGGUUUUGAAAAGAUUACAAGACUGUGAUGAGCAGCAGAUCCUCAGUGCCAGCGCCCCACCUGCCAGCCUUAGCCUUUUGGGAAACUUUGAGGAGUGUGUUCUGAACUAUCGUUUGGAGCCGUUGGGUACCAUCGAGGGCUUCACGGCUGAGGUGGGUGCCAGCGGAACGUUCUGCCCCAGUCACAUGACAUUACCUGUGGACGUGUCUUUCUACAGCGUCUCUGACGAUAAUGCACCUUCCCCCUACAUGGGUGUCAUAAAUUUAGAGUCUCUCGGUAAGAGGGGAUAUCGAGUACCUCAUUCAGGAACCAUUCAAGUGACCUUAUUUAACCCCAAUAAGACAGUGGUGAAGAUGUUUGUGGUGAUGUACGAUCUGAGAGAAAUGCCCGCCAGCCAACAGACAUUCCUGCGGCAGAGAACCUUCUCAGUCCCCGUCAAACGCGAGUUCAGCGGACAGAACAACAAAAAGAUGCACGUGCUGGGGCAGGGACGAACCCUCCGCUACCUCGUCCACCUGAGGUUCCAGAGCUCCAAAUCUGGAAAGAUAUACCUCCAUCGGGACAUCCGGCUUCUUUUCUCCCGUAAAUCCAUGGAAGUGGACAGUGGUGCUGCCUAUGAGCUCAAGUCUUUCACAGAGUCGCCUGCCGACCCCCCUUUCUCUCCCAGAUGCUAAUCAAAUCUAAACUAGUCCGUUCAUAAUGCAGCACAGGGGCCUUACUUAAUCAAAAUCUUUUAUUUGCCUGUACGUGAAUUAAAAAUAGAGAAACCCACUCACUUGCACACACAUUCACGGAAGGACUAUUAACAUAAUGCCCCUUUCCUAAAAGAAAAUGUCACCAUUGAAUCAUCUGUGCAAAUGAUAUUAGGUUUAAAACAACAGAUGGUUGAGAGCUUUGAUUUAGUUACAAGUUCAAAGCUUAUUCCCAGAUGUUCGGCGUGGUUCGAGAACUUGAUGCAGAAAAACUAAAUCCACGGACCAUUUUGUAACAGAAGACUAAUAACCGAAUAACUGCAGAGGAUGUUUGAAGAGCACUGUGUUUUUCCAUAACUGGAAUGAAAAUGAGUUUUGUUCAAGGAUUUCAUUCUUUAUACUGUUACCAAACCACUUUAAUCGGAAGUGUUGCAAUAGAAAAAAAUAUUUUACUAGCUUAGUGUUUACAUAUUUACUUUUUUGUCAUCAGUUAUUUAAUAUUUAAAUUGAACUUUCAUUUACUGCACAUGUGAUGCCUGUUGUGCAAAACAUUAUGAUGUAGUGCAAAAUAUGUUUCAAUCAUGCCAUGUAUUUUUGUCUUUCAAAUUCAGAUCUUAAAUAAAAGAAAUAUAUAUUAUAUCUAUAAAAUUAUCUGUAAACAUGCACGUCUUUGGGUUCCAUUUUCAACAACCUACAAAAUGGGAAAAAACAUUCACAGGGUUCCUGGUAGGGGUGUGCAGUGAAGCCGUUAUCUGUAUUUGUAUCUGUAUCUAUUCAUAUGACAAAAUGAUCUGUAUCUGUCUCUGUAUUCAGAUAGAAACCGGGUGUGGGCGGGGCUUAAACCUGAAGUGCGUCAAAAAUAAAUGAAAUGCCCAUUUUUAAAUGUUACUCUUACAUUUAUAGUUUCUAUUAAUAAAAUAUGCCUUGUAUAUGCCUUUUCAUAAUAAUAGCUUGAUAUUUUUAUUAUUAUUAUUAUUAUUAUUAUUACUUUACAACUAUUAUUUAAAAAAAAUAUAAUUUUAUUCUUUUAUUUUUCUUACCAGAUGAAGCUGAAUUUGUAGGCUACAUUAACUGUGGAAUAUGUUGUGGUUUCUCCUGGUAUUUCUGAUAUUAAUAUCUGCAUGAAACAGAGUUUUCAUUUGUCUGUUCAUGUAUAACAACAAUAUUCUGGAGGCAGGAGGUGUCAAGCAAAAUGUGAAAUGUCAAGCACACAUUUUGCAGUGUAUAAUAAAUACAAAUUCACACAUUAAAAGAAAUGAAAAUAAAAUAUAGCAUACAAACAGGUGAAAGUCCCGUAAAUCUAUAAGGAAUUUUUACGAUAAGUCACCAUUAUUUAGUUAAAUAAUAAUAAUAAUAAUAAUAAUGUAAAAUGUAUAUAGCACCUUAACAGAGGUAGCACAGUUUAAAGAAGAAGAAGAAAAAAAGACGGUGAAAGUUUCAGUUUCUUUGCUUUACAUAAGGAGGAAUAUUCCUAAUAGAUGAAUACUCUAUGGAGCAUUUCAACUUUUAUUUUUAUUUUUUUCAGAAUAAAGUCUUAACCAGAUAAUUUCCUUAAUCGCUGAAGUGAAUAUAAAUGUGGUCAACUUUAAGAGAUGGAUGGACGGGCUCCGACGUGAAAUCAUCACUUCAUGUCAGGAGUUUAACAUCACGCUCAGGUUUAGGCUAUAAAUAAACACGAGAAUCACGUGUGAAUCGUGUGAUACAUUAACAGACAUUUCAAGAAGUAGAAAGUGUAUAUGAUGUCGUAUGUUAAUGUUACAAUUUAUAAGCUCCAGACACGCACAAUUAACAGAGACCGCAAACGGAGUUGAGACCGUGGCUAUCCGAUCUGA